AUGGACGCUCGACAACAAGAACGCAUAUUACACUGGUUGGAGGAGGAGGAAGAGGAGAUUCUUGGUGGAGAGGAUGAUGAAGAUGAAAAUCAUAUAUACCCGGACGAAACAAGCGAAUACAACACGGAUUCAGCGCAAGAAUGUGAUGAUGGUGAUCCAGAAACCCAGGAUCAUGUGUCAGAAUCGUCCGAAGACCAACAAAAGAAUGUAGAUAGUUCGGAUAGUGACGACAAUGAGCCAUUGAUCCACAUGUCAUCACAGAACUUUUAUUUUGUCAAAAAAAAAAAGAUAAAAGUGGCCACUAUAAAAAAAAUUUCAAAUGGAGGAAGACACCGUACCCACAGGGCAUCAGAACAAGGAGACAGAAUAUAG